UCACAAAUCUAAAUGGCCGAUAAGAAGAAGAAGGUGUGGUUUUGGGGAGAUAAUGACGGCGGAGGAGGAGGAACGGGGAAGGAGGCGGAAGAUGACAUGGCUGGCCAUCUGUCUCGAGACGAGACAAUGAGCCAAUACAGCCAUAGCAAAGGCCUUCUUCCUUCUCUCGGAGCCACCGCUCGUUCUUCCCUCCGUCCCUUCAUCAUCUCUCCAUUCGAUCCUCGCUACAGAGCAUGGGAGACGUUUUUGGUGUUUUUGGUGCUCUAUACAGCUUGGGCGUCGCCUUUUGAAUUUGGUUUCUUGCAAAGGCCAAGAGCACCUCUCAGUAUCCUCGACAACAUCGUGAACGGAUUCUUUGCUAUCGAUAUAAUCCUGACAUUCUUCGUUGCCUUUCUCGACAAGGUAACGUACCUCCUCAUCGACGAUCCAAAGAGAAUCGCUUGGAGAUAUGUCUCCACUUGGUUUGCUUUCGAUGUGAUAUCCACGUUCCCUUACGAAAGCUUCGGUAGCUUGCUUCACUCGAGUAUUCAAGGGUAUGGCAUUUUCAGCAUGCUGCGCCUGUGGCGUCUCCGGAGAGUCAGUAACUGUUUCGCCAGGCUAGAGAAAGAUAGGAGAUACAGCUACUUCUGGGUUCGAUCCACGAAGCUUCUCCUCUGUACUCUUUUUGUGAUUCACUGUGGUGCUUGCUUCCUCUAUUCCAUUGCUUCGCAUUAUCCAGACCCUUCCAAGACGUUCAUGGCAUUGACCGAUGAGAACUGGAAACAGUCUCCUCUGGCUGUGCAGUAUAACACGGCCAUGUACUGGUCCAUUACUACUUUCUCAACAACGGGUUAUGGUGAUAUACAUGGUGUUAAUUCGAAAGAGAUGACUUUCAUUCUUUUCUACAUGGUCUUUAACCUUGGAUUGUCAGCUUAUAUUAUUGGUAACAUGACCAACUUGGUCGUUCACGUCACCAGUCGCACCAGAAAAUUUAGAGAUACCAUCCAAGCCGCCUCGGGGUUUGGUCAGAGGAACAAUCUACCAGUGCGGUUGCAAGAUCAGAUGGUAGCUCAUUUGUGUUUGAGGUACAGAACCGAUUCAGAAGGCUUACAGCAGCAAGAGAUCAUCGAUUCACUUCCCAAAGCUAUACGCUCCAGCAUAUCUCAUUAUCUGUUUUAUGAAGUUGUUGACAACAUUUAUUUGUUCCAUGGAAUAUCCAACGAUCUUCUUUUCCAGUUGGUCACGGAAAUGAAAGCAGAGUAUUUUCCUCCGAAAGAAGAUGUGAUUUUGCAGAACGAAGCACCAACAGACUUUUACAUAUUGGUGACAGGUGCUGUUGAAAUAAUUGCACGUGUAAAUGGAGUAGAGCAGGUAGUUAGUGAAGCACAAGGAGGGAAUGUUUUUGGCGAAGUUGGGGUACUUUGUUACAGACCGCAGCUGUUUACUGUUCGUACCAAGCGAUUGACUCAGUUGCUUCGCCUGAACCGUACGACACUCUUAAAUCUUGUUCGGGCAAACGUAGGAGAUGGAGCAAUUAUCAUGAAUAAUCUUCUUCAGCAUUUAAAAGACUCGGGAGAUCCAGUGAUGAAAGGCAUUUUGGCUGAUACAGAACACAUGUUGGCUCAGGGGAAAAUGGAUUUGCCUCUCAGCUUGUGUUUUGCUGCAGCCAGAGGAGAUGAUUUGUUGCUGCAUCAGUUACUAAGACGAGGCUCAAACUCUAAUGAAAUGGACAAGAAUGGGAGAACUGCACUGCAUAUAGCAGCAUCAAGAGGAAGCCAAUACUGUGUCGUUUUACUACUCGAACAUGGAGCAGAUCCUAAUGUUAGAGAUUCAGAAGGCAAUGUGCCCUUGUGGGAAGCAAUCAUAGGGGGGCAUGGCGAGAUUGCAAAGCUCCUUGCUGAAAACGGGGCAAAGCUAAGCUUAGACUCAGUGAGCUAUUACUCAUGCUUAGCCGUGGAAAAACACAGCUUAGAAGCACUCAAAGACAUCAUCAAAUACGGCGGUGACAUCACACUCCCUGACGGAACCGGAACCACAGCCUUACACAGAGCAGUCUCAGAAGGACACGUGGAGAUUGUGAAGUUCUUGUUAGACAAAGGUGCUGAUCUGGACAUGCCGGAUUCUUACGGCUGGACGCCACGAGGUCUCGCCGAGCAUCAAGGGCAUGAAGACAUCAAAACAUUGUUUCAUAAUCACAGGCCGGUGGAGAAGAAACCGCAACGUAUCCCUGGAACACCUGAGUUUCCUGUUACGGGAAAGCCACUGAUGAAGCAUAGCAGUGAGCCUACACUGCCACAUUCAGGAGAAGUACCUCUUGUCCAAGAGGGAGGCCAGCUUGUGGUUUCUCAGAGACGGAAACUCAGUAACUUCAGAAACUCUCUCUUUGGAUUCAUGUCGGCUGCAAACACUGGUGAUGAUGGAGGAGAAACUACAAGAAGCUCAGUAGGAGGAGGUGCAUUUUAUCCUUCUAGAGUCACGAUUAGGUCGUCUGAAAACGGUGAACUUGGUGGCAAAGUGGUAAUAUUACCGAAUUCUAUGGAAGAACUAUUGAAAGUUGGUGAAGAAAAGAUGGGUUUCCUCCCAACCAAAGUACUUACGAGGGACGGUGCCGAAAUUGACGACAUCACUCUUAUAAGAGAUGGUGAUUGUCUCAUUCUUGCAAGAGAUCCUUGAUUGAUGCAGAUGCAACUACUUCUCUUUUUAACCAAAAAGACUGAUUUUGUCAAGCUGAAUGAGAUUUAUAGUAAUGAUAUGAUGGAGAUAUAUGAGUGCAUAACGUAAGCCCCAACUAACUCUUUAUUUUUUUUGGGAUUGACACAAUUUUUUUGACUUUUGUUGCUUUGUAUAUAUUUAA